UUUGGUGCCAGUUGUUGAUAUCAAAUUUUUUUUCCGAAUGAUACAUAGAAUUUUGUGGAAUUUAACUUGGCGUUAGUUGUUGAUAUCAAAUCUUUCAUACAAGUGAUACAUAUCAUUGAAGUUAACCCUUAUGUUACCACCCAAAAAAUGCCACACUAAUGAUCACCCGGGGUACCCGGGUACCCAUGCAGAAAUUUUGAGGUAAAACUGUCGUAAACUUGAAAAUAAAUUUAUGUAUUGGAUGAAUAUUGAUUUAUUAAUAUUUCAUAGAGAUAUUUCGAGUAAAGUACAAUAAAUUCGUAUACAGUAACCUUUAUAAUCCUCUGCAGGUAUAAGAUUUAGGCAGCCGCACUAUCUGACCCUUAUUUCGACAAGGCCAGGUGUGUUAAAUUGAAAAGAUUUUGUGUAUAAAAUAAUGGAGGAACUGUCAAGAGCACAAUUUCUAAGAUUGAGUGAAGCUGAAAAAAGAGAAUACUUGAAAGUAUUAUUAGGUGAUGAAGAAAAUGAAAGUUUAGUAUCAUCUGACAGUGAAGACGACGAAUGGCUUCCUGCAGAUAAUCUUGAUCUUGAGGUAUCUGAUAAUGAGCAAGAGAGUGAUUACGAGGCUGAGUUUCAGGAAGAUGUCGGUAGUGAUGAGGAGUCUGUAAAUGAAGAAGCUGCAGAAGAAGAAAAUGAACGUGAAAGCGAAUCUGAAGAAGAAAAUGAAGACGAGGCUGCUGCAACAUCGCAAAGCAAAUCAAAGGAAAAUUUUCUUAGACCAACUUGCAGAAGAGUUAGCCAUGCUGAUGAUUGAAGAGAGAGCUUCAAAUCAACAAAUUGUACGAAACCCAGCUACAAAAUUGGCAGUUGAAAGCUACAUUGACCGUCCUACAGUUGCAGCGGAAGUCGUUGCUGACAAUCAGCCACGUGAUACGACUGGUAGAAAAGUAGUAGUUGGAGCAUGCCAUAUUUGUAACAAACAACCAAUUAGGAAACGGCGAAAGACAAAAAAGAGCUGCGUUUCAUGCCAAAAGCCAGUUUGCGAUGAGCACAUAGCAAAAAUUACGAAAUGUUUGGAAUGUAGUGAAUAACUUUUGAAAUGUAAUAAAAACGUUCAUUUUCAUUUAAUUUGUUUAAUAAAUUAUCAAAA